AUGGCGUCCUGGUACUCAAACCUUGUCCAGAAGACAUCUUCUCAAAUCUCCUCCCUCCGUCAGAAUCUCCUCUCCGGCGAACAAGACGGCGACUCCGAAGACGAUACUCACGUCUGCCGUGUGCUCCGUGGCUAUUAUACAGAAAAGGGGCGUCCAUUCCCCUCAUGGCUGCCCGCGGAUCCCAAGGCACCAGCCCAACAACCCAUACAGCCUGUCAUGACACCACAAGCCGGCCAGCGCCCCGGCGCUCAAGGUCAGCAACACGGCGGUCUGAGCAGUCUAUGGGACAACGGACCGCAACAGCCACAACAACAGGCGCCUCAGAGUCUUCGGGCUGGAGGCGGACGAACACCUGCCUCGUUGCAACCUGGCGGCGGCGGCGGCGGUGAUAUUAAUAGGCGACCACUGCCAAGUCAGCAGCGCGCGGGCAGCUACCAGAGCACGGGCGGCCAAUUCGGUAGGCCCGAAACGGCGAGCGUGCCACCUGGUGGUGCUUCCGGGGGUGGAGGUGGAGGUGGAGGAUCUGCGCAAGAUAGAUUGCGACAGAGGCUUUGGGGAGGAGGAUCGCGAACAACGAGUCCUCAGGCUGGAAGUCAAGGGCCUUUCAAUCCUCCCGGUGGAAAUAAUGGAGGAGGAGGAGGAGGUGGUGGUGGUGGUGGCGGCGGCGGUUAUGAAGACCGAUUUGCGCCAGGCGGAAUGUAUGAUCAAGCAAGUGGCGGCGGUAACGCUGGAUUGAGGAGAGGAGGCUUGCCCAGUGGACCAAGGGGAUACAGAUAA